CAGUUUUAGACAAGUUAAGUCUGGAAGAUUCAGGGACAUUAGCAAGCCUAGUAGCUUAAAACUUCAUCUAACUCAUUCCUCUCAAGAAGUAAAGGUGACUAAUCAAUCUGUAUUUCUACUAAUAAACGUCAGCAAGGAUAUCGAAGUGUGUAGAGCAAAGAACCGUUUCACGGAAACUGCAGUGUGACACAAGUAAGUCAGCAAUUGUAAAAUACAAAAUUCACUGCUGCAAGAAUUCAGUUUGAUUUACAGUUUCCAUUAGUGGUCGAAAAAUUCUAUAGGAAACUUAAGCUUAAGGAUGGCUCAGUCCCACGAAAGAGAGUGUGCUGUGUGCACAGAAGAAUUCACGACACCAAAGAUUCUACCCUGUGGUCAUCUCCUGUGUCGAGAAUGUGUCAUUUCCUGGAUGGAUUCCAAACCUGAUGCCGGGUGUCCGCUGUGUAGAUGUCCUAUAGUAGAGCAGUCAGAUGGAAGUUCGUCCGACACUGUUGACGCCCUGCCGACAGACUUUGUGAUGGAAGCGCUGGUGGAGAGCGCUCGUGUGCUGAGUAAAGAUCACCUUUGUUGUGUGUGUGAGGACGUCAGGGCGGACUUCAUCUGUAUGCAGUGUCUUGACAUGAUGUGUACAACAUGUACAAAGGCUCAUAAAAAACUAUCAGUGAGCCGCAGUCACGAUGUGAAGAGUGUCAGCACUGUGACACCUGAACGUCUGGCUGCCAGCCGCCCUGCACUGUGUGCUGACCACGGCGACAAACACGCGGAGUUCUUCUGCCGCGAGCACCGCCUCGCUGUCUGCUCAGCCUGUAAGGCUAACAAACACAAAGUAUGUCCAGAAAUUAACUCUCUUGACGAUGAAAUACAGUUAGCCCAAAACUGGGUGAGAAACUUGACAGAGGUUCUGGUGAAAGCGGAGCAGAAUCUAGAGCAGGCUAUAGGUCAGGUGACGUCAAGUCUACAGGAAGUUGAUGUCAGCGAACAUGAAGACAUGGCGCAGGUAGACAAGACAUGUAACCGUCUUCAGAAGCUGGUGGAAGAUUUCCGUAACAAGUUGAAGGAAAACACUCGCACGUCACAUCUCAAAAUCAGGAAUUCAUUACGUGACGUCAAGACUGUCCUCAGCAAACAUCUCGGAAAGGUGACGUCACACAAACACAUUGCGACGCGAACCACGGCAGUGUCACCACGUCCUGCAAUGAUACACAUGACACAUGCUGUGACAGACAGGGUCAAGAGCCUGGACCUCAGCACUGACUUGCAAGAAGAGGCGUGGACGAAGACCUUGUUAAGUCCAGAAUAUUGUGAAGAAGUUGUGAGACAGAUAGAAGACGAGCUUUUGAUGUUGGAGCAGCAGACAACGGACACAAAGUUCGCCGUGCAGCCACCAGUCCUUGUCUUCGACGAAAGCUGUGGGAAAAACAUUAAACUGACGAACGAUAACAGGACUGCGGAGAGGACGGUUGUGCAUAGCUCCCGCGAAGCAGUGGUCGUGUCACGUGACACUAUGGUGUCAAACGUCUUGUAUGAAGUCAGAGUGGAUGAAACCUCAUCUAAAUACAGCGAGCUAUAUCUGGGAGUGACAGAACUUUCUCAGGCAAAGUUCGUUAUAAAAAAGUCUGAUGGAGACCUGGGAGACUCUGUUGUCGUCGCUCCCAGUGAGGUCUAUUUCCAGGGAAAUUGUGUGUCGACCACGCUCGGAGAAGGUCUCGGGAGGCUUCAAGUCGGGAGUCGAGUUGGGGUACUUGUUGACUCAUCUAAUUACGUUCACCUCUACAUCGAUGGACAGCACCAGGGCGUUGUACCAGAACCUGUCACGCAACCCUGUUUUGCUGUUUUUGAUGUUUGGAAUACAGUGACUAAGGUUACAGCCCUUCCUACAUCUAGGAUGACAUCAAGAAUAUUAGAGAAGAAGAAGGCUGAGACAGGCUUGUUUCGUUAACCUGUUCCCUAAACAUAACAGGAAGAGAACAAACUGUUUCGCGUAUGAUAUUUUUUUCUGUUGAUAGACACCACCAACAACAACAACAAAUUGUAUGAGCUGCCCCUUCUAAAUACACACACACACACAAGGAGAAGAGGGCAAGCAUAUUUUUAGUAUUAAGAGAAGUCUGACUAAAUAUUAUUUAAAGGUAUACUCAAGGCUUGUGAUAAGGCUGUGGCGACGGUCAGACGUUUCAAAAACACAUUUAGUUACAAUAACAGAGCACGAGAGGAAUACAGGAGAAAUAAAUUAUUCGUUUCUCACUUAAUUACCACUUAUUAGCACUAUUUCGGUUGCCGAUGUUUAUAAACAUUGAAAAAAUCCAGUGGAAUCGAC